AUUUUGCAGCGGUUCGAUUGGGAUGGGAUCUUAUUUAUGAUAUCAAAUUCCGUCUGGGCGGGCUACCGCUGAGUUUGGAAUUUGGGGGUUUUCUUUAUUUCUUUUAAUUUUUGUCCCGCCGUAUAAACUCUCAUCGCAGGCUCCCCCCAACCCUUCGGGUUUUGGCGCCUCUGCGACGCGUUUCAAAUUCAUCUUCUCAGUUCUCUCUCUCUCUCUCUCUCCAGAGUCCAGACUUUUGGAUAGCAGCGGCUGGCAUGGAGCAGCAGAGAAACCCUAAGAUGGGUCAAGUACAUGAAGAACCCGAGGAGGUGCAGCAUGGCCCCUUCCCCGUUGACCAACUUCAGGCAUCGGGUAUUGCUUCCAUUGACACAAAGAAGCUUAAAGAUGCGGGUCUCUGCACUGUUGAAUCUAUUGUGUACACUCCAAGAAAAGAUAUUCUGCAAAUAAAGGGAAUCAGUGAAGCUAAAGUUGAUAAGAUCAUUGAAGCAGCCUCCAAACUAGUUCCUUUGGGAUUCACCAGUGCCAGCCAACUACAUGCCCAGAGGCUUGAAAUCAUUCAGAUAACAUCUGGAUCUAGAGAACUUGACAAGAUCUUGGAAGGAGGCAUUGAAACGGGAUCUAUAACUGAAAUAUAUGGUGAGUUUCGCUCUGGGAAGACUCAGCUGUGUCACACCCUGUGUGUCACUUGCCAACUUCCACUAGAUCAAGGGGGCGGUGAAGGAAAAGCAAUGUACAUUGAUGCCGAGGGCACAUUCAGGCCACAGAGACUUCUACAGAUUGCCGACAGGUUUGGACUGAAUGGAGCUGAUGUUUUGGACAAUGUGGCCUAUGCUAGAGCUUAUAACACUGAUCACCAAUCAAGACUUUUGCUUGAAGCUGCUUCAAUGAUGGUUGAAACCAGGUUUGCUCUUGUGAUAGUGGACAGUGCUACUGCACUCUAUAGAACAGAUUUCUCUGGAAGGGGGGAACUUUCAGCCAGGCAAAUGCAUCUUGGAAAGUUCCUAAGGAGUCUUCAAAAAUUGGCAGACGAGUUUGGCGUAGCUGUUGUUAUUACAAACCAAGUGGUUGCCCAAGUGGAUGGUUCUGCCAUUUUUGCUGGGCCCCAAAUCAAGCCUAUCGGUGGUAAUAUUAUGGCUCAUGCUACCACAACAAGGCUUGCUCUGCGGAAAGGAAGGGGGGAGGAACGCAUUUGUAAAGUAAUAAGUUCUCCUUGUUUAGCUGAGGCUGAAACAAGGUUCCAAAUAUCUGCCGAAGGAGUGGUUGAUAUCAAGGACUGAUCCAUUUAAACCUUUGUAAUUUGUAGAACUUUAUCUAAGGCCUGUUUGUUCAUCACAGCUUGUUACCGUACCCAUGAAUUGGGGGUCUAAGUUUUUGGUUUACGAUUGAAGAGGUAUGUCCAAAAAUUUCAAGGGCAAGUCUAUGGUGGGUUUUUCUUGACUGCUGGUAGGUUUGGCUGUCUGGUUUGUAAUGUUUUAACAGAAACUGUCAGUCAAUUACAUGAAUAUCAGAAGUUUGAGAAGGUA